GUCCCGGGCGAACAUGGCGGCCCCCGAGUCAGGGCCGGCUUUGAGUCCAGGCGCUGCAGAGGGUGAGGAGGAGACGAUUCUCUAUGACUUGUUGGUCAACACCGAGUGGCCACCGGAGACUGAAGUACAGCCUAGAGGCAACCGAAAACAUGGUGCAUCCUUUAUCAUCACGAAAGCAAUUCGAGAUCGUUUAUUAUUUUUACGCCAAUACAUCUGGUACAGCCCUGCACCUUUUUUGCUCCCUGAUGGACUGGUUCGCUUGGUUAAUAAACAGAUAAACUGGCAUUUGGUACUAGCAAGCAAUGGAAAGCUUUUGGCUGCUGUUCAAGAUCAGUGUGUGGAAAUCAGGUCUGCAAAAGAUGAUUUUACAUCCAUUAUCGGGAAAUGUCAAGUUCCGAAAGACCCGAAACCCCAGUGGAGACGGGUGGCGUGGAGUCAUGAUUGUACCCUACUGGCCUAUGCUGAAAGCACAGGAACUGUGAGGGUGUUUGAUCUCAUGGGAAGUGAGCUCUUUGUCAUUUCCCCGGCAUCUAGUUUUAUAGGUGACUUAAGCUAUGCCAUUGCUGGGUUGAUCUUUUUAGAAUAUAAAGCAAGUGCACAGUGGUCUGCAGAACUCCUGGUCAUCAAUUACCGAGGAGAACUUAGAAGUUACCUUGUAAGUGUUGGAACAAAUCAGAGCUACCAAGAAAGUCACUGUUUCAGCUUCAGUAGUCAUUAUCCUCAUGGAAUCAACACAGCUAUUUACCACCCUGGUCACAGACUUUUGCUGGUCGGUGGAUGUGAAACUGCUGAAGUAGGCAUGUCAAAAGCUUCCAGCUGUGGCCUUUCUGCCUGGAGAGUUCUUUCAGGAUCACCGUAUUACAAGCAGGUUACUAAUGGUGGAGACAGGGUUACUGCGGCACCGAAGACACUGGGAUUAUUAAGGAUGUUAAGCAUCAAGUUUUACAGUCGCCAGGGACAAGAACAGGAUGGAAUUUUUAAGAUGAGCCUUUCUCCGGAUGGGAUGCUCCUGGCAGCCAUUCACUUCUCAGGGAAACUGAGCAUCUGGGCGAUUCCAUCUCUGAAGCAACAGGGAGAAUGGAGUCAAAAUGAGCAGCCAGGCUAUGAUGACCUUAAUCCUGAUUGGAGGCUCUCUACUGAGAAGAGAAAAAAAGUCAAAGAUAAAGAGUCCUUUUACCCACUGAUAGAUGUCAAUUGGUGGGCAGACAGUGCAGUGACUUUAGCUCGAUGCUCUGGUGCUUUAACUGUUUCGUCGGUGAAAACUUUGAAGAAUUUACUGGGAAAAUCCUGUGAGUGGUUUGAACCAUCACCUCAAGUCACUGCUACCCAUGAUGGGGGAUUUUUAAGUUUGGAGUGUGAGAUUAAACUUGCCCCCAAACGAUCUCGUUUGGAGACUAGGGCUGGAGAAGAAGAUGAAGGAGAAGAAGAUUCUGAUUCUGAUCAUGAAAUAUCUGCCAAGGCUCGCUACUUUGGUUAUAUAAAACAGGGCCUUUACUUGGUGACUGAAAUGGAGCGAUUUGCACCAGCACGGAAACGCCCACGAACCAUUACUAAAAACUACCGCCUUGUGAGUUUGCGCUCCACGACACCGGAGGAACUUUAUCAGAGGAAGAUUGAAAGUGAAGAGUAUGAGGAAGCCUUGUCCUUGGCUCAUACCUAUGGCCUGGAUACUGACCUCGUAUAUCAGAGGCAGUGGAGGAAGUCAGUGGUCAACGUUGCUUCAAUUCAGAAUUAUUUGAGUAAAAUAAAGAAGCGAUCCUGGGUUCUCCAUGAGUGUUUGGAAAGAGUUCCUGAAAAUGUGGAUGCUGCGAAGGAACUGCUUCAGUAUGGAUUAAAAGGCACAGACCUGGAGGCUCUUUUAGCAAUAGGGAAAGGAGCAGAUGAUGGCAGAUUUACAUUACCUGGUGAAGUAGACAUUGACAAUAUCUCAUAUGAAGAACUUUCACCACCUGAUGAAGAGCCUGCCAAGAAUAAAAAGGAGAAGGAGCUCAAGAAGAGACAAGAACUACUGAAAUUAGUGAACUUUUCCAAGUUGACACUGGAACAAAAGGAACUUUGCCGUUGUAGACGGAAAUUAUUAACCUACUUAGAUCGACUUGCAACAUAUGAGGAAAUCCUAGGAGUGCCUCAUGCAUCUGAACAGAGAUAUGAUGCCGAAUUCUUUAAGAAAUUCAGAAAUCAGAAUAUUGUUCUCUCAGCUAGAACUUAUGCUCAGGAAAGUAAUGUACAAGCUCUAGAAAUUCUGUUUACUUAUCAUGGCUCCGACCUGCUUCCUCAUCGCCUUGCGAUUCUUUCCAACUUUCCAGAGACCACUUCUCCACAUGAAUAUUCUGUUUUGCUGCCCGAAGCUUGUUUUAACGGUGACUCCCUGAUGAUCGUUCCUUGGCAUGAACAUAAACACCGAGCUAAGGAUUGGUGCGAGGAGCUGGCUUGCAGAAUGGUUGUUGAGCCGAAUCUCCAAGAUGAAAGUGAAUUCUUGUAUGCUGCACAGCCUGAGUUACUAAGGUUCAGGACAACCCAGCUUACGGUGGAGAAGGUUAUGGACUGGUAUCAGACCAGAGCAGAGGAAAUAGAGCAUUAUGCCCUACAGGUGGACUGUGCAUUGUCACUUAUUCGACUUGGGAUGGAGCGGAAUAUUCCUGGUUUGCUGGUUCUCUGUGAUAAUUUGGUUACUCUGGAAACAUUGGUUUAUGAAGCCGGGUGUGACGUAACUCUAACCCUGAAAGAACUCCAGCAGAUGAAAGACAUUGAAAAACUAAGAUUACUGAUGAAUAGCUGUUCCGAGAACAAAUAUGUGACAAGUGCCUACCAGUGGAUGGUUCCCUUUCUUCAUCGUUGUGAGAAACAGUCGUCUGGUGUGGCUAAUGAGCUAUUGAAAGAAUAUUUAGUAACUUUAGCUAAAGGGGACUUAAAAUAUCCCCUGAAGAUAUUUCAGCAUUCCAAACCAGAUCUGCAGCAAAAAAUUAUUCCUGAUCAGGACCAACUGAUGGCGAUAGCACUAGAGUGCAUCUAUACCUGUGAACGAAAUGACCAACUCUCUCUUUGCUAUGACAUACUAGAAUGUCUGCCAGAAAGAGGAUAUGGUGAUAAGACAGAGGCAACCACAAAGCUUCAUGACAUGGUAGACCAACUGGAACAAAUUCUCAGUGUGUCAGAGCUUUUGGAAAAACAUGGACUCGAGAAACCAAUUUCAUUUGUUAAAAACACUCAGUCUAGCUCGGAAGAGGCACGCAAGCUGAUGGUUAGAUUGACUAGGCACACCGGCCGGAAGAUAUUUACAGAAAGCCUUCUGUGCUCUAGUCGCCUUGAAAACAUCCACCUGGCUGGACAGAUGAUGCACUGUAGUGCUUGUUCAGAAAAUCCCCCAGCUGGUAUAGCCCAUAAAGGGAAACCCCACUACAGGGUCAGUUACGAAAAGAGUAUUGACUUGGUUUUGGCUGCCAGCAGAGAGUACUUCAAUUCUUCUACCAACCUCACUGAUAGCUGCAUGGAUCUCGCCAGGUGCUGCUUACAACUGAUAACAGACAGACCCCCUGCCAUUCAAGAGGAGCUAGAUCUUAUCCAAGCCGUUGGAUGUCUUGAAGAAUUUGGGGUAAAGAUCCUGCCUUUGCAAGUGCGAUUGUGCCCUGAUCGGAUCAGUCUCAUCAAGGAGUGUAUUUCCCAGUCCCCGACAUGCUAUAAACAAUCUACCAAGCUUCUGGGCCUUGCUGAGCUGCUGAGGGUUGCAGGUGAGGACCCAGAAGAAAGGCGGGGACAGGUUCUAGUCCUUUUAGUAGAGCAAGCACUUUGCUUCCAUGACUACAAAGCAGCCAAUAUGCAUUGUCAGGAGCUGAUGGCCACAGGUUAUCCUAAAAGCUGGGAUGUUUGUAGCCAGUUAGGACAAUCAGAAGGUUACCAAGACUUGGGCACUCGUCAAGAGCUCAUGGCUUUUGCUUUGACACAUUGCCCUCCUAGCAGCAUUGAACUUCUUUUGGCAGCUAGCAGCUCUCUGCAGACAGAAAUUCUUUAUCAAAGAGUGAAUUUCCAGAUCCAUCAUGAAGGAGGGGAAAAUAUCAGUGCUUCACCAUUAACUAGUAAAGCAGUACAAGAGGAUGAAGUAGGUGUUCCAGGUAGCAAUUCAGCUGACCUAUUACGCUGGACCACUGCUACCACCAUGAAAGUCCUUUCCAACACCACGACCACCACUAAGGCGGUGCUGCAGGCCGUCAGUGAUGGCCAGUGGUGGAAGAAGUCUUUAACUUACCUUCGACCCCUUCAGGGGCAAAAAUGUGGUGGUGCAUAUCAAAUUGGAACUACAGCCAAUGAAGAUCUAGAGAAACAAGGGUGUCAUCCUUUUUAUGAAUCUGUCAUCUCAAAUCCUUUUGUCACUGAGUCUGAAGGAACCUAUGACACUUAUCAGCUUGUUCCAGUGGAAAGCUUUGCGGAAGUAUUGCUGAGAACUGGAAAACUGGCAGAGGCUAAAAAUAAAGGAGAAGAAGUAUUUCCAACAACUGAAGUUCUCUUGCAACUGGCAAGUGAAGCCUUGCCAAAUGACAUGACCUUGGCUCUUGCUUAUCUUCUUGCCUUACCACAGGUGUUAGAUGCUAACCGGUGCUUUGAAAAGCAGUCCCCGUCUGCAUUAUCUCUCCAACUGGCAGCGUAUUACUAUAGCCUCCAGAUCUAUGCCCGAUUGGCUCCAUGUUUCAGGGACAAGUGCCAUCCUCUUUACAGAGCUGAUCCCAAAGAACUAAUCAAGAUGGUCACCAGGCAUGUGACUCGACAUGGGCAUGAAGCCUGGCCUGAAGACCUUGUUUCACUGACCAAGCAGUUAUACUACUACAAUGAACGUCUCCUGGAUUUCACUCAGGCGCAGAUCCUUCAGGGCCUUCGGAAGGGUGUGGAUGUGCAGCGGUUUACUGCAGAUGACCAGUAUAAAAGGGAGACUAUCCUUGGUCUGGCAGAAACCCUAGAGGAAAGCGUCUACAGCAUUGCUGUGUCUCUGGCACAACGUUACAAUGUCUCCCGCUGGGAAGUUUUUAUGACCCAUUUGGAGUUCCUCUUCAUGGACAGUGGUUUGUCCACACUAGAAAUUGAAAAUAGAGCCCAAGACCUUCAUCUCUUUGAGACUUUGAAGACUGAUCCGGAAGCCUUUCACCAGCACAUGGUCAAGUAUAUUUACCCCACUAUUGGUGGCUUUGAUCACGAAAGGCUGCUGUAUUAUUUCACUCUUCUGGAAAACUGUGGCUGUGCAGAUUUGGGAAACUAUGCCAUUAAACCAGAAACCCACAUUCGGCUGCUGAAGAAGUUUAAGGUUGUUGCAUCAGGUCUUAAUUACAAAAAGCUGACAGAUGAAAACAUGAGUCCUCUUGAAGCACUGGAGCCAGUUCUUUCAAGUCAAAAUAUUUUAUCUAUUUCCAAACUUGUUCCCAAAAUCCCUGAAAAGGAUGGACGGAUGCUUUCCCCAAGCUCUCUGUACACCAUCUGGUUACAGAAGUUGUUCUGGACUGGAGACCCUCAUCUCAUUAAACAAGUCCCAGGCUCUUCACCAGAGUGGCUUCAUGCCUAUGAUGUCUGCAUGAAGUACUUUGAUCGUCUCCACCCAGGUGACCUCAUCACUGUGGUAGAUGCAGUUACGUUUUCUCCAAAAGCUGUGACCAAGCUGUCUGUGGAAGCCCGUAAAGAGAUGACUAGAAAGGCUAUUCAGACAGUCAAACAUUUUAUUGAGAAGCCAAGAAAAAGAAACUCAGAAGAUGAAACUCAAGAAGCUAAAGAUUCUAAAGUUACCUAUGCAGAUGCUUUGAAUCAUCUGGAGAAAUCACUUGCCCACCUGGAAACCCUGAGCCACAGCUUCAUCCUUUCUCUGAAGAAUAGUGAGCAGGAAACACUGCAAAAAUACAGUCACCUCUAUGAUCUAUCCCGAUCAGAAAAAGAGAAACUUCAUGAUGAAGCCGUGGCUAUUUGUUUAGAUGGUCAGCCUCUAGCAAUGAUUCAGCAGCUGCUAGAGGUGGCAGUUGGCCCUCUUGACAUCUCACCCAAGGAUAUAGUGCAGAGUGCAAUCAUGAAAAUAAUUUCUGCAUUGAGUGGUGGCAGUGCUGACCUUGGUGGGCCAAGGGACCCGCUGAAGGUCCUGGACGGUGUUGUUGCAGCCGUCCACGCCAGUGUGGACAAGGGUGAGGAGCUGGUUUCACCUGAGGACCUGCUGGAGUGGCUGCGGCCUUUCUGUGCUGAUGACGCCUGGCCGGUGCGGCCCCGCAUUCACGUGCUGCAGAUUUUGGGGCAAUCAUUUCACCUGACUGAGGAGGACAGCAAGCUCCUCGUCUUCUUUAGAACUGAAGCCAUUCUCAAAGCCUCCUGGCCCCAGAAACAGGUGGACAUAGCUGACACUGAGGAUGAAGGGAACCGCUACCGUCUAUUCAUGGAACUCCUGGAAUCCAGUCACCAUGAGGCUGAAUUUCAGCACUUGGUUUUACUUUUGCAAGCUUGGCCACCUAUGAAAAGUGAAUAUGUCAUAACCAAUAAUCCAUGGGUGAGACUAGCUACAGUGAUGCUUACCAGAUGUACGAUGGAGAACAAGGAAGAAUUGGGGAAUGAAGUUUUGAAAAUGUGUCGCUCUUUGUAUAACACCAAGCAGAGGCUGCCGGUAGAGGCUGUGAAGGAGCUUUGUCUGCUGCUGCUCAACCAGUCCCUCCUGCUUCCAUCUCUGAAGCUUCUCCUCGAGAGCCGAGAUGAGCAUCUGCGCGAGAUGGCACUGGAGCAAAUCACGGCAGUCACUACGGUGAAUGAUUCCAAUUGUGACCAGGAACUCCUUUCCCUGCUCCUGGAUGCUAAGCUGCUGGUGAAGUGUGUCUCCACGCCCUUCUAUCCGCAUAUCGUUGACCACCUUUUGGCCGGCCUCCAGCAAGGGCGCUGGGAUGCAGAGGAGCUGGGCAGACACCUGCGAGAAGCCGGCCAUAAAGCUGAAGCCGGGUCUCUCCUUCUGGCCGUGAGGGGGACUCACCGGGCCUUGAGAACCUUCAGCACAGCCCUCCGCGCGGCACAGCACUGGGUGUGAGGGCCGCCUGUGGUUCUGCUCCUUAGUGGAAAAAGCAUCUGGAGUUGAAUGCUGUUCCCAGACACAACAUAUGUACCUGCUGAUUGUUCUCUGUGGUUCCAACAAAUUGCAAAUAAAACUGUAUGGAAACAAUGA